UACAUUUUAUUAAAGUUAUAAAUAUUUUGUAAUAAAAGACAUAAUCUUAAUUUUUAAAUUAAAAAAUAAUUAUAAUAAAAAUAACAGCAAUACUGUCGGAUGAAAAUCUAACCUCUUGGAUGUCAUAUAAUAUACUUCCUCCUUUUGAAAAGAAUUAAAACAGAAUAGCACAUUUCAAAAAAGAAAAAAAAGAAAAACAGAAUAGCAAACAGCGCUGGACGACGGCGUUUUACAACACACACCAACCGUCCUGAAAAUUUAUCUUGGACGUGGAGUAAUUUUACGACAUAGCACUCCUAACAAACUCACCGUGGACACAGUCACUGUAUCACAGCUUAGGGAAGUCUAACCUCACCCGUCGAGUUCGCUUGAUUUCAACGAAGCAAGAGCGAAAAAGAAAAAUAAUAAUUACGCGCACAUAAAUAUCAAGGUCGCCACCGCCGGUUUCCCGGGUCGACGGAUCCUCUCCGUCAGAACCCAAAUUACCCAGCGACAAGUGAGGUUCAUAAACUCAAGUACGUACCUUUACGUGAAAUAUAGUCUUGAUUUUGAAGAAGCAGCUUUAGGUAUGAUAUCCUAUAGAUGAGUCGAUGAAUGUGCUCUUUAAAAGAGAUCAUCAGCAGAGCGUUUUUCUUUUUUGAAAGUGAAGAAAAACCGAAUGGAUAUGAUGAUGGAAGAAGGUUCUCAGAACAGUGAGCAACUGCUGGAGGAUGAAGGCGGUGAUCUUGAAUUUGAUAGCAACAGUCUAGAGAUUGAGGGAAAUGACCUUGAAAUUGAGGGGAAUGGUCUUGAGAUUGAGGGAAAUGGACUUGAGAUUGAAGAUAACAACCUUGAUAUUGACAGCCAUGACCUUGAAACUGAAGGUAACGACGUUGAGAGUAAUUGUGAUCAAAUUCUUGAUAUUGAAGACCAUGUUCAUGAUAAUGAUGGAGACAAUACAAUUUUGGUAGAUGUUCAAAAUGGUGAGUCUCAGAGGCAUGAUUAUCCUCCACCUAUAGUGGGAAUGGAGUUUGAGUCAUAUGAUGAUGCCUAUAAUUAUUAUAACUGUUACGCCAAGGAGUUGGGAUUUGCCAUCAGGGUGAAAUCUUCAUGGACAAAACGUAACAGCAAGGAGAAACGGGGUGCAGUGCUUUGUUGCAACUGCGAGGGUUUUAAGACAAUGAAAGAAGCAAAUAGUCGUAGAAAGGAAACAAGAACUGGCUGUCUAGCAAUGAUAAGGUUGAGGUUAGUGGAAUCUAAUAGGUGGAGGGUAGAUGAAGUCAAGCUUGAGCACAACCACUCUUUUGAUCCUGAAAGAGCACAAAAUUCUAAGUCACACAAGAAGAUGGAUGCUGGGUCUAAAAGAAAAAUAGAACCAACUGUUGAUGUCGAGGUACGAACAAUCAAAUUAUACCGAACAGCUACUGCAGAUCCACUUGGUUAUGGAAGCUCAAAUUCUUAUGAAGGAGAGAGUAGCCACCGUGUUGAUAGGUCCAAGCGCUUGAAGCUAAAGAAAGGAGAUGCGCAGAUCAUUUAUAAUUACUUUUCUCGGGUUCAGCUGACAGAUCCAAAUUUUUUCUAUUUGAUGGAUCUCACCGAUGAGGGGUUUCUGAAAAAUGUUUUCUGGAUAGAUUCAAGGUCAAGGGCCGCAUAUGCCUACUUUGCAGAUGUGAUAAUAUUUGACACAACAUGUUUGUCAAAAAAAUAUGAAGUACCACUAUUUGCAUUUGUUGGAGCAAAUCACCAUGGGCAAUCUGUUCUGCUCGGUUGUGGUUUGCUUGCAGAUGAGACAUUUGAAACAUAUAUCUGGUUAUUCAGGGCAUGGCUUACAUGCAUGUUAGGUCGUCCUCCACAAACUAUCAUUACUGACCAAUGCAAGGCCAUGCAAAGUGCAAUUGCGGAGGUGUUUCCCAGAUCUAAUCAUCGUCUUUCUUUGGCACAUGUUGUGCAAAGAAUUAUUGAGAACUUGGGAGCAUUGCAGGACUAUGAUGCAUUUCAGAUUAUGCUGAAUACCACUGUCUAUGACUCUUUAAAGGUGGAUGAAUUUGAACUGGCAUGGGAAGGCCUGACCCAGCGUUUUGGAAUUGCAGAUCAUGAGUUGCUUCGAACUUUCUAUGAAGAUCGAGAAUGGUGGGCUCCAGUUUUCUCCAAAGACACUUUUUUUGCUGGAAUGUCCACUUUCCAAAGAGGUGAGUUUAUGAUCCCAUUUUUUGAUGGUUAUGUGCAUCAUCAGACUUCCUUGAGAGAGUUUUUUGACAUGUACGAAUUAAUAUUAAGAAAGAAACAUCAGAAGGAAGCUCUUGAUGAUGUUGAGUCUCGAGACUCGACCCUCAAGUUGCGAACAAGUGGCUAUUAUGAAUUACAGCUUUCCCAAGUGUACACAAAUGAAAUAUUUAGGAAAUGCCAAGAUGAGGUGGUGAUGAUGUCUUCUUGUUUUAGCAUCACGCAAGUUCAUGUCAACGGGUCAGUAGUUACAUAUUUGAUCAAAGAGCGAGAGGGUGAGGAAAAUGUGAGUGAUAUUAGGAAUUUUGAGGUACUGUAUGAUAAAUCAGGAGCAGAAGUGCGGUGCAUUUGUGGGUGUUUCAACUUUAAAGGUUAUCUAUGUCGCCACGCAUUAUGCAUUCUGCACUACAAUGGGGUGGAGGAAAUCCCUUACCAAUAUAUUUUAGCACGGUGGAGGAAGGAUUUUAAGCGCUUGUACAUACCUGAUCUUGGAGUCAACAAUAUUGAUAUUGGUAACCCGGUUCAGUGGUUUGAUCACUUGUUCAAACGAGCAAUGCAAGUUGUUGAGGAAGGCAUGAUAUCUCAAGAUCAUUACAUGGUUGCUUGGCAAGCAUUUAAAGAAUCUUUAAAUAAGGUCCGUCUUGUAGCAGACAAGCAUGUAUAGAUCUCUCUGAAAUGAACUAUCAUUCUUUUAAGACUGAAUGCUCUUUUGCUCUUAUGUCUCAUCACUGAAAACUGUUCAAGCAGGAAUCCAUCGUUCCUACUGCUAUGUAGUUUUCAGGAACCUCUUGAUAUAUGGGAGAUAUAGGCAUUGUUACGGAUAAAUCAUGUAUCACAUUUCAAUUGAAUUCAACUUUUGUAAAAUCAUGUAUAUUUCAAAAUGUUUUGUUUUGUUUCUAA